AUGCAGUUCUCUUUGCAGUCAGCUGUCAUUUUCUUUGAAAAGGCAAAGCAGCUGGGCAUGAUGGACAAAGGCUAUGUGUGGAUUGUCACAGAUGAGAUUGCAAACCUUCUUGAUUCUGUUGACACUUCUGUCAAGUAUAACAUGCAAGGUGUCAUUGGUAUUAAAAUUCACUUUGCAGAAACCUCAUUCAAGCAGUUCAAAACCAGAUUUCGCAGGAUGUAUGGAUUACGGUACCCUGAAGAAGAAGAAUAUUCUAGUCCUAGUAUCUUCGCUCUCCGAGCUUAUGAUGCAAUUUGGGCCACUGGUCGAGCCAUUAAAAUAUUGCAACAGGGGAAUGUUACCUCAAAAGAACUGUCUCAAAAAAUCCUGUCGACUGCUUUCCAAGGUCUAAGUGGCAUGAUAGAAUUCAAAAAUGGAAUGCUAUCACAACCACCAACCUUUCAAAUCAUUAAUGUGAUUGGCAGAAGCUACAGAGAGGUGGCAUUCUGGUCACCAAGAUACGGUUUCUCAGAGAACUUGAUGAAACAUACUGAUAUGAAUGCUUUUGCUGAAGUUUUGGGUCCAAUCUAUUGGCCUGGUAGAUUACAGAUAACCCCAAAGGGAUGGACACCUGUUGAUGUGGAUAGACCCUUAAAGAUAGGGGUUCCUGCGAUGGGUGCAUUCACGCAGUUUGUGAAAGUAAGAUAUGACCCGGACACGAAUGAGACAGACAUCUCAGGAUUUUCAAUUGAUGUGUUUGAAGCAGCUGUCAAACAUCUCCCUUAUCAAUUGCCUUACGAGUUUGUGCCCUUCAAUGGCUCAUAUGAUAAGAUGGUGGAACUGGUCUCCAAUAAGAGCUUGGAUGCAGCUGUUGGUGAUAUAGAAGUCAUAGCAGAUCGGUACCGUUAUGUUGAAUUCACACAGCCAUACAUAAGCUCUGGGCUGGAGAUGGUAGUCACUGUGAAGCCAGAGGAGCUGAAGGAAACAGAGAUGUUGGUGUGGCCUUUCACCAGAGAAAUGUGGUUCCUCCUGUUUGUUACACACCUUUCUGUAUGCUUGGUCGCCUGCUUAAUGGAAAUUGUACAUGGACGUAGCUUAGAGGACAUUGGAGCCUUUUGGUUCUGCGUUGAUGUCCUGUUAUUUGCGCCAAGAGAACAAUUUAAGAACCCUUGGGCUCGGUUGCUGCUGGCUCCAUGGCUAUUGGCGAUUGUAGUUGUAACAGCUACUUUCACUGCAAGCCUCUCCUCCAUGAUGACCAUCUCUCGGGUCCAACCAUCUGUGCUUGAUAUUGAAACACUAAAGAUGACAAAUGCAACUGUUGGUUGCAAUGGAAACUCUUUUAUUGUGAGGUACUUGAUUAAUGUCUUAGAGUUUAGACCAGAAAAUAUCAAGAGUAUUGCCUCCAUAAGUGACUACCCAGAGGCCUUUGAGAGGAAGGAUAUUACAGCAGCUUUCUUUGUUUCUCCCCAUGCUAAAGUCUUCCUUGCAAAAUACUGCAACGCUGGCUUUACCAAAACAGGAUCAGUGUACAAGCCUAGCGGUUUUGGAUUUGUUUUUCAAAAGGGUUCGCCUCUGGCUAUUGACAUCUCAGAGGCAAUGUUAGAGGCAACUGAGAGUGGACAAGUGGAAAAGUUAGAAAAACAAAUGCUCUCCUCUUAUAAUUGCUCCUCUCCAAUCAACUCAAACAACGGUUCAAUAGGUCCUGGACCUUUCUCUGGCCUAUUUCUAAUAGCAGGUUUGGCUUGUGCAUUGGCAUUUUUGGUAACAAUUGUGCGUUUAGUGCGCGAGCAUUGGAGGAAUUUUCUUCCUGGAAACGUGCUUGAGGAAGUUGAGCUGCAACCCAACCCUGUUAACUAACACAAGGGUUUGGAGAUGGAAUUUUACAUAGCUGUGUGCUGUGAGAAUAAUCACUUUUAGUAUUGUCGUGAGAAUUGUCACUCCUAGUAGCUCUGUGAAGAAAAGCAGUUAAAGUAUUUGAAAAAUUGUAUUUAAAUGUGCCAUAAGUAUAUGA